AUGAGCUCUGAUGCAGAGAUGGCCAUUUUUGGAGAAGCAGCUCCCUACCUGUGGAAAUCAGAGAAGGAGAGAAUCGAGGCUCCAAAUCGCCCAUUUGAUUCUAAGAAAGCUUGCUUUGCAGUGGAUGAUAAGGAAUUUUAUGUGAAAGGUAUGAUCCAGAGCAAGGAAAAUGACAAAGUCACAGUCGAGACCCUCGACAACCGGACACUCACUCUGAACAGUGACCAAGUCUUCCCCAUGAACCCUCCCAAAUUUCACAAGAUCGAGGACAUGGCCAUGAUGACCCACCUACACGAGCCAGGAGUGCUGUACAACCUCAAAGAGCGUUACGCAGCCUGGAUGAUCUACACCUACUCAGGCCUCUUCUGUGUCACCGUCAACCCCUACCAGUGGCUGCCGGUGUACAACCCUGAGGUGGUGACGGCCUACAGAGGCAAAAAGCACAAGGAGGCCCCGCCCUGCAUCUUCUCCAUCUCUGACAACGCCUAUCAGUUCAUGAUGACUGAUCGAGACAACCAGUCCGUCCUCAUCGCCGGAGAAUCCGGGGCUGGGAAGACAGUGAACACCAAGCGUGUGAUCCAGCACUUUGCAGCAAUUGCGGUCACUGGGGAGAAGAGGAAGGAGCAGCGGCCGGGCAAGAUGCAGGGAACCCUGGAAGACCAGAUCAUCCAGGCCAACCCCCUCCUGGAGGCCUUUGGAAAUGUCAAGACCGUGAGGAAUGACAACUCCUUGAGAUUCGGGACGUUCAUUCGCAUUCACUUUGGAGCCACAGGAAAGCUGGUGUCAGCGGACAUUGAAACCUAUCUCUUAGAAAAAUCCAGGGUGGCAUUUCAGUUAUCCCGUGAGAGAGGCUAUUAUAUUUUUUACCAAAUCAUGUCAAACAAGAAGCCGGAACUUAUGGACCUGCUUCUCAUUUCAACCAACCCCUUUGACUUCCCCUUUGUGAGCCAAGGAGAGGUCACCGUGGCCAGUAUUGAUGACAGUGAGGAACUGUUGGCCACUGAUGUAAGUGUCCAAGGGCCGGCCCGGGCUGGAGACGUGCAGGAAGCAGAGCUGGGCCAGCUGGCCAGACCCCCGUCCCCUUACCUGCGGCCCGCGGCCCUCCGCUCCGCGCUCGGAUGCCGCUGGGGUGCCAGGGACCCACGGGAGGGGUCGUUCCCGGCCGGCGCCGCGUCCACGCGGCACAGCACGGUCUCGGCACUCCGGGCACGGGCGCCUGGGGCCGGGCGUCCCCUCUCCUGUGAGCGCGAGGCAGGAAGCGGCGCCCCUGCGAGGCCGCUAGCGAUGCCCCGGUGCGCGGGCCCCUGCGGCGCGGAGACCGCUCCAGGCUGGACUCAGCGAGGCCAAGGCCGCCAGGACGAGCGCUUGCCGGGACCCGGCUAG